AUGCAUCCGAAUGUUGCAAUAGUCUGUCUUGGAGACUUUAAUAAUGUCCUCGACCAUGCUCUAGAUCGAACUAGAAGGUCCCCUGAUGCUCCUGUGAUGCGGAGGAGGGACUUUGCGCUACUGGUGGACAGUCUGGGCUUGGUCGAUGCGUGGAGGGCUCGUCAUCCUGGUACACGACAGUAUACAUGUUUUUCUCCUACCUACUCAUCCUUUUCCAGGAUAGAUCUGGCCCUCACCUCUAGGGGCCUGCUGCCGCGGGUGAUUGAUGUUCACUAUGCUACUAGGGGCAUAUCAGACCAUUCCCCGGUAAUCCUUAGUCUAGAUAUGGGAGAUGUUAGGGGGGCACGGUUUUGGAGGUUUAAUCCCUUUUGGCUGACCCAGAUGGGCACCGAUGCGGAGUUGGAGGAGAUAUGGGAGGUCUUUUUGCGGGAAAAUCAAGGUUCGGUGUCUGACACAAUACUAUGGGAUGCCUUUAAGGCACAUGUCCGUGGCACCUUGAUCAAGAGAGUGGCAGCUUUGAAAUCUGGCUAUGCCCGGGAUGAGCGUAACCUGGAAGCAGGAUGUAGGAAGCUGGAGCUGCAAUACAUGACUGAUGGUCUGGAUACUACGAGGGAGAGGUGGCUGCUUGCGCAGGCUGAGUGGCUUGAAUGUUUGGCUGAGAAGGCUAAAUACCGCCUACUCUAUGCUCAACACACGUAUUACGCAACGGGCGAUAGGGCUGGUAGCUUCAUGGCAGUGUUGGCGGGUGCGGAUAGAGCAUCUAACACGGUGCCGGUAAUUUGUACCAAUGACAAUACUACUCAUUCUAACACGCCUGAUAUUGUGGGGGUCUUUGCAGAUUACUAUAGACGACUGUACAGCUCUAGGCUUACCCACUCCGAGACCGAAAUAGAGGCGUAUCUGGCUGAUAUUUCAUUACCCAGGCUGUCCCAAGACGCUACAGCUUUUCUGGACUCCCCCUUGACACUGACUGAGGUGGAAUCAGCGAUUAACUCAUUUCCUGGAGGGAAGACCCCGGGCCUUGAUGGAGUUCCCUUGGAACUUUAUAAAAAGCACUUAUCCUUUUAUGGCCCUAAACUCCUUACUUUAUAUAAUACUCUGUUCGUACAGGGUCGGCUGCCUGACUCUAUGGCUGAGGCCCUAAUUAUAGUCCUCCUUAAGCCAGAUAAGGACCCAACACGGGUCGAAUCUUACCGCCCGAUCUCCUUGCUAACAACUGACAUUAAGAUUUUAGCUAAAAUUCUAGCAACAAGGCUCAGUGAGGUGAUUCUACAACUGAUACACGAAGAUCAAUCAGGGUUCAUGCCGGGCCGGUCCACUUUACCUAAUCUGCGUAGACUUUACACGCAUCUCCAGGCACCUCGCGAGGGGUCCUGCUCCUCAGCUAUAGUCUCCCUGGAUGCAGCUAAGGCAUUUGAUUCUGUGGAGUGGGGCUUCUUGUGGGGGACGUUGGACAGAUUUGGGUUCGGACCUAUUUUUAAAAAGUGGGUCCAGUUGCUUUAUUCUGCACCCCAGGCUAGGGUAUCAGUUAACGGCCACAUUUCCUCCUCUUUCUCCUUACAGAGAGGGACGAGGCAGGGAUGUCCUCUGUCCCCGAUCUUAUUUGCUCUAGCAAUAGAGCCUCUGGCCGGCAUUGUUAGAUCUUCCCCGCGGGUGGUGGGCCUCCGGUUGGGUGGCAGGACAGACAAAAUUGCUCUUUAUGCAGACGACAUAUUGUUGUUUGUACCUGAUUAUUCUGCUAAUAUGCCUCAUAUUCUGGAAAUUAUUGUCACAUUUGGGGGAUUCUCUGGGGGACACACAAGCAGGAAUAUCUCAGAAGGACAUCUAAUGUUAUCCCCGGAUUGUGAAAUAAGAGAUAAUGACAGUAUACAGGAAUCUCCAGGAGCAAACCCCAUUGCCCCAAUUAUACAUCCAGCUCUAUCAGCUGAUCCCCCUGAUCCUGGGAAAUGUUCUCCUGAUCACUCUGAUAUUGGUGCAUCUGUUACAGCUCUAACAGUAGAUACAGUGUUUCCAUGUUCUAUAGAUGCCAACUGUUUUACACAGAACACAAAGCGUAUUACCCAUCAGCCAGCUAAGGCAGGUGAGAGGUCAUUUCCAUGUUCUGAGUGUGGGAAAUGUUUUACAUACAAAUCAGCUCUUGUUACACAUCAGAGAAGACACACAGGUGAGAAGCUAUUUCCAUGUUCUGAGUGUAAGAAAUGUUUUGCAUGGAAAUCACAUCUGGUUACACACCAGCAAAUUCACACAGGUGAGAAGCCAUUUCCAUGUUCUGAGUGUGGGAAAUGUUUUGCACGGAAAUCACAACUUGUUAGACAUCAGCAAAGUCACACAGGUGAGAAGCCAUUUCCAUGUUCUGAGUGUGGGAAAUGUUUUGCACAGAAAUCAGAACUUGUUAUACAUCAGAAAAGUCACACAGGUGAGAAGCCAUUUCCAUGUUCUGAGUGUGGGAAAUGUUUUGCACAGAAAUCAGAACUUGUUAAACAUCACAGAAGUCACACAGGUGCGAAGCCAUUUCCAUGUUCUGAGUGUGGGAAAUGUUUUGCAUUCAAAUCAGAUCUUGUUAAACAUCAGAGAAGUCACACAGGUGAGAAGCCGUUUUCUUGCUCUGAGUGCAGGAAAUGUUUUUCCUGGAAAUCACUACUUGUUAUACAUCUGCGAAGUCACACAGGGGAGAAUCCAUUUCCAUGUUCUGAGUGUGGGAAAUGUUUUCAACACAAAUCACAUCUUGUUACACAUCAAAGAAGUCACACAGGUGAGAAGCCAUUUCAAUGUUCUGAGUGUGGAAAAUGUUUUAUUCAGAAAACACAACUUGUUAUACAUCAGAGAAGUCACACAGGAGAGAAGCCAUUUCCAUGUUCUGAGUGUAGGAAAUGUUUUACAAACAAAUCGCAUCUUGUUACACAUCAGAGAAGUCACACAGGUGAGAGGCCAUUUUCAUGUUCUGAGUGUGGGAAAUGUUUUGCACGGAAAUCAGCACUUGUUGAACAUCACAGAAGUCACACAGAUGAGAAGCCAUUUCCAUGUUCUGAGUGUGGGAAAUGUUUUGCACACAAAUCAGAUCUUGUUAUACAUCAGAGAAGUCACACAGGUGAGAAGCCAUUUAGCCGGUUGUCCACAGCCUACUCAGCUUAUUGCCAGAGUCCUACUGUAACCAACAAGCAGGUAUACCGCACUGCUAAGACUCACUUCAACGAAUUCUUAAACACUAGAGGUAAUAAAUCCUUAUAUGCGGUUAAUUAUCGCUACCACCGGUUUGGAAACAAGUCCGGUAAACUGCUAACUAACAUGUUAAAUGGCACGAGACCCUCCUCUUUAGUUCACCCCCUAAAGAAACCGGACGGAUACCUGACAUCCUCUAAUGUCCAAAUUGUCUCUGUCCUCAAGGACUUCUAUGCUUCCCUUUACUCACCUGGCCCUGCUCUAUUCCCUGAGAAUGUCGCAUUCGCAGCCUCCAUGUCUCUCCCUGAUUCUGACUAUAUUCCCCCUAAAUUAGCCACCCCUCUAGAUACAGAUUUGACAGCCCCCAUAAGUCAAGCGGAGGUCUCUUGCGUGGUUGGGACCUUGAACCAGGGGACAGCCCCAGGCCCCGAUGGAUUUGGUAGUAGCUUCUACAAACUGAUGCUUCCGUGCAUUCAGGACACAUUGGUGCUAGUUUUUAAUCACAUAUUGAAGUCGGGACAGGCCCCUUUAUAUUUUAAUGCCGCUUAUAUCAGAGUACUACCCAAACCAGGCCGGGACCUGACCCUGCCAGCCUCCUAUAGGCCAAUUUCCUUGUUGAACUCGGAUUAUAAGAUUCUUACUAAGAUUUUGUCUGAAAGGCUUAAAAAGAUAUUACCUUCUAUUAUACAUCCGGAUCAAACCGGGUUUAUUUCAGCAGAUGGGCACACAAGCAGGAACAUCUCAGAAGGACAUCUAAUGUUAUCCCUGGAUUCUGAAAUAACCGAUAACGACAGUAGACAGGAUUCUCCAGGAGCUAACCCCAUUACCCCAAUUAUACAUCCAGCUCUAUCAGAUGGUCUCUCUGAUCCUGGGAAAUGUUCUCCUGAUCACUCUGAUAUUGGUGCAUCUGUUACAGCUCUGACAGUAGAUACAGUGUUUCCCUGUUCUAUAUAUGCCAAAUGUUUUACACAGAACACAAAGCGUAUUACCAAUCAGACAGCUAAGGCAGGUGAGAGUCCAUUUCCAUGUUCUGAGUGUGGGAAAUGUUUUACAUAUAAAUCAUAUCUUGUUAGACAUGAGAGAAGUCACACAGGUGAGAAGCCAUAUUCCUGUUCUGAGUGUGGGAUAUGUUUUACACAGAAAUCAGCUCUUGUUAUACAUCAGAGAAGUCACACAGGUGAGAAGCCGUAUUCCUGUUCUGAGUGUGGGAAAUGUUUUGCACUGAAAUCACAUCUUGUUCCACAUCAGAGAAGUCACACAGGUGAGAAGCCAUUUUCCUGUUCUGAGUGUGGGAAAUGUUUUGCACACAAAUCAUAUUUUGUUAUACAUCAGAGAAGUCACACAGGUGAGAUGCCAUUUUCCUGUUCUGAGUGUGGGAAAUGUUUUGCACACAAAUCAUAUUUUGUUAUACAUCAGAGAAGUCACACAGGUGAGAUGCCAUUUUCCUGUUCUGAGUGUGGGAAAUGUUUUUCAUCGACAUCACAUCUUGGAAGACAUCAGAGGAGUCACACAGGUGAGAAGCCAUUUUCCUGUUCUGAGUGUGGGAAAUGUUUUUCAUCGACAUCACAUCUUGUUAUACAUCAGAGAAGUCACACAGGUGAGAAGCCAUAUUCCUGUUCUGAGUGUGGGAUAUGUUUUACACAGAAAUCAGUUCUUGUUAGACAUGAGAGAAGUCACACAGGUGAGAAGCCGUAUUCCUGUUCUGAGUGUGGGAAAUGUUUUGCACACAAAUCACAUUUAGUUAUACAUCAGAGAAGUCACACAGGUGAGAAGCCAUUUUCCUGUUCUGAGUGUGGGAAAUGUUUUUUAUCGACAUCACAUCUUGUUAUACAUCAGAGAAGUCACACAGGUGAGAUGCCAUUUUCCUGUUCUGAGUGUGGGAAAUGUUUUGCACACAAAUCAUAUUUUGUUAUACAUCAGAGAAGUCACACAGGUGAGAUGCCAUUUUCCUGUUCUGAGUGUGGGAAAUGUUUUUCAUCGACAUCACAUCUUGUUAGACAUCAGAGGAGUCACACAGGUGAGAAGCCAUUUUCCUGUUCUGAGUGUGGGAAAUGUUUUUCAUCGACAUCACAUCUUGUUAGACAUCAGAGGAGUCACACAGGUGAGAAGCCAUUUUCCUGUUCUCAGUGUGGGAAAUGUUUUGCAUGGAAAUCAGUUCUUGUUAAACAUCAGCGAUUUCACAGAUGAGAAGCCAUUUUCAUGCUGUGAGAGAAAUAAAUCUGCUCUUGUUGAACAUAUUAGACAUUACCCAAGUACGGAACCAUUUACAUCUUCUGGAGUAUAAUUAUCACUGCCGUCCAAUGUUCCUCAAGGGUGAAUCCGAUCUCUUAUGCUUUAUAAAAUAUACAUGCUACCACUGGGUGAUAUAAUCAGACGUCAUGGCCUGGUCUACCACUGCUAUGCAGAUUGCCUGCUUUUUGCACCAUGUACUGAGAACCUAAUACCAAUCCUAAAUGGUUGUCUAGCUGAGCGCCUGGGGUUGAUGAUGCCAGUUGGCUGUGACUCAGUCUUUGUGAAACAUAAUAGAAGCUCACCAACAAAGGACAAGACUACAGCUUUACCAACCAUCUGGAUUUUUGCUUUGGUGUUCAGAAUUGCAAAAUACUAAACAUGUGCUGAAUCUUUGUGUUGUCCUGGUAUGUGGCUGACACAGACAUCAGGUAUCUGCCACAUACUAAUCCUAAUUCUUCCAUCUGUGGACCAUAGCCAGAAUCAAGCACUUGAUUCCCUCAGAAGUUCAUAGACUACUGCAAUGCCAUCUACCUGGGUCACCCAGCAAAAGAAUUACAGAGCUUGCAGCUAGUACAGAAUGCAGCAGCCAAGCUGUUACCUAACCAGCUCAUUCCUGCCACAUAACACCCAUUCUCUACUCCCUUCACUGGCUGCCUGUAAGAUGACAAAUCUAUUUCAUAAUUGGCUAACUGACCUUCCCAGCCCAACAUUACAUGGUCCAAGGUACUAGAAGCAGCUUCUGCCUCCUUACUGCCCUGCUUGCUUGCUUGCUUCUACAGAUGGACUGUUACCAGCAGUACCAAGAAUCUCCUGUCAUUCAUUUAUGGGUUGAACGUUUAGCUUUGACCAUGGAACUCACUGCCUUGCACAGUCCAAGAGGCCUCCACUCUAGAGACCUUCACAAACAGACUGAUGACUGUUACUCACGCUUUUCAUUAAUGUACCUCUAUUUACUUCCUAAAUAAUACAUCCCAAAUGCUUAGGUCUUUUUUCUGCUGUUUAUUUUGUAUCUUGUGCUUUAUGUAAAUGUGAAUGUCUAAUACCAGUUUGCACAAUCUGUAUUGCUGCACGACAAUAUG